CCACGGCGGCGGAAGCGGGAGGCGGCGCCGGGCUGGGGCUCGGCAGCGGGGCCGGCAUGGUGCUGGAGGCGCUGCGGCCGCGGGUCGUGCGCUGGGCGCUGCUGGCCGCCUUCGCCGCCGGCGUGGUGGUGGGCUGGCAGGCGGGCCGGGCGCGCCGCCGCUUCCUGCGCUGGCGGCAGCGAUACCUCCAGCGCCGCCUCGCCGCCGCGCAGGAGAAGCUGGAAGCGGCCUGAGCGCCCGCGGCCGCCGCCAGGCUGCCCCUGGCAGCGGGCUCCGGGCGGCUCCUCCGCUGCAUUCGGCUCCUCCGGACCUCCGGUGGGCGCCGCCUGAGCGGCUGGAAACGGGUGAAGGGAAGGACGGCAUCCCUGGGACAGCAGGGCUGCCGGCUGGGCAGCAUCCGUGGAAUAGCGGGAAGGACAGUAUCCGUGGAACAGCAGGGCUUCUGGGGAAGGACGGCAUCCGUGGAAUAGCAGUGCUGCCAGAGAGGACAGCAUCCACAGAAUAGCAGUGCUGCCAGAGAGGACAGCAUCCGUGGAAUAGCAGUGCUGCCAGAGAGGACAGCAUCCGUGGAAUAGCAGGACUUCUCUUCUGCCCUUCGCAAAGCAAGAUCCCAAAGUGUGUCAGACGAACCUAAGAAAGAACUGAGGAUAUGCAAGCAGCGAUCCCGAGCCUGGAAUGGACUGCUCGGGGAGGUUUGGAGUCCCCGUCCCUGGAGGUCUCCAAGGAACAACUGGACGUGGCACUCGGUGCUCUGGGCUGGGUGACGAGGUGGGGAUCGGUGAUGGGUGGCACUCGAUGAUCUCGGAGGUGUUUUCUAACCUCAGCGAUUCCGUGAUUCUCGGAUUUCCAUAUCUCGAAGGGAUGUCUGCACUUGUCCAGCUCUAAGCCUGCUGCUCUGCCCUUUCCGGGAAGCGCUGCCAACACAAUAAACCAGCAAAAGUCAUCGCA